AUCACGAUGUGGUAUUUGCCAUUGGAGGCAAGAGCCAACGAAACUAUGUAUAUUGCAGCCUAUAACUAAUGCAUUUAUAUCAUCGAGAGUUGAUCCGCUGCAGUCAUUGUAAAUGCGCUUCCCCGUGUGACUCUCUGCAAUCUCCAAGGGAAUCCAUAAAUCCGGCGAAGAAAAUCCGGCAAAAAGUCAGAGAAGGUUGGUGAAAGGAGUUAAAGGGAAGCAGCACGGGCAACAUCAGCUGAUGACGCGAAAACAGAAGACCCCAUCUCGAACAUUCAGAUAACGACGCGUAAAAAACCUAUAUUCAACUAAGAACGUGUCAGGAAAUGAUUCGAUCCUUUGCAGCUGUACGUUCUAUAGAUUGCAGGGGCAUGCACCAGGGCGUAAAUCUCAUGCGCCCGGAACUUGGUAGGUUGGAAGCCCGUCCACGGCGCUGCCAUCAACCGCCACGUGUCGGUAGAAAUAAAUCCAACCGACCAAGCCCACGGCACUCAUUCCCGUGCCCCUCCCACGUUUGACUUCUUGUCCUCUCUUUUUUCCCUCAUUCAUUGCUCUCUUUCCAUAUCUCUAACUUAUCUUGAACUCAAACCCAAGACCUUGGUUCACCCCACCGCAUAUCGAGUCAACGCUCAAGACGUUCAUGUUUCCCGCAGUCCACACCACAGUAAAAGUCAACGCGCCUCCUCCCUCUCCCUUCUUCUCUCGCUCUCUCUGUUUCCAUCCCCGAUUAUCUUCCCCGAAUUUUCUGCCAUGCUCUUCCCAGUAUAGCGCACUCCCUCCCUUCCUUCCUAUCUCGACCGCUCAGAAACUCUUUACUCUCCUCUCUCUCUCUCUCGCCCACCAUGGGCAACGGCUCUGGGAAGCUGAUCCACUGCUUCUCCGGCGAAGCCCGCCGCCGCCAUGUCGCUGCCGCGGUCACGUCGGAACCCUACGACGAGGGCUUUGGGCACUCCUUCUGCUACAUCCGCCCCGACGCCCUUGUCGCCGCCUCCACGGCCUCCUCCAAGGUCCACCACUCCGAGGAGACCACCACCUUCCGGACAAUCUCCGGCGCCUCCGUCAGCGCGAACACCGCCACUUCUCUCUCCACCGCGGUUGCCGACCUCGCCUGCCCGCCGGCCGCCGCUGCCGCCUUCGACAGUUCCACCUCCUUCACCUCUGUUCCCCUCCAGCCCGUCCCCCGCUUCUCCUCCGGGCCCCUCUCAGGCUCCCUCGCCCCCCCCGACCGGGGAUUCCUCUCGGGACCCAUAGAGAGAGGGUUCAUGUCCGGCCCCCUCGACCACCGCGCCGCCCUUUUCUCCGGCCCCCUCGACCGCGCUCCCUCCGGCCGCGUCCCCUGGAGCCGCUCCCACAGCCUCGCCCUUCGCCGCCGCUCGCGCCGCACCGCCACCUCCCUCCUCCGCAGCCUCACCAAGGGCAUCGCACGCACCAUCUCCUCCGCGGCCCACGUCGGCCCCGUCAAGAGGCCCAAAGAGUCCAAUCCUGUCCCCGACAGCGGCAGGGGAGGCGACGGCUUUGCGCAUCCGACCUCCACCAGCGGCCGAAACAGCGUGGAGGGUGGCGAGGAUUCUGAUUUGUUCAGCGCCCAGGACAGCAGUCUCCAGUGGGCGCAGGGUAAAGCAGGGGAGGACCGAGUCCAUGUCGUCGUCUCGGAGGAGCAUGAGUGGGUCUUCGUCGGUAUCUACGAUGGCUUCAACGGCCCUGACGGCACCGAUUACCUCCUCUCCAAUCUUUAUUCUGCCGUGCAACGAGAGCUCAAGGGCCUCCUUUGGGAAGACAAACAUGAAGGCGCCUGCGAGACCUCCGACGAUCCAGUCACCGUCAUCAUCCCUGCCGCCGAGGGAUUCAAUCCAUCGACGAAUUGGACCGCGGCCGAUGAAUGCCGGAAAGAAGGGAAGCAGAGGAAGGGGAGGAAACUUCGAGAGUCGGCGAACAGGUGUUUGGAAUACCAGAGGAGGUGGAAGUGUGACUGGAACGGGGCAACAUGGGAGCUUGAUGGGACAUUAAAGGAUCAAUUGAGCCAAUCGAGCUCGUGGAGUGAUGCAGGGAACCAUCUGGAAGUGCUGAAGGCUCUUUCUCAGGCUCUGAGGAAAACUGAGGAGUCUUAUUUGGACAUCGCCGAUAAAAUGGUCUCAGAGAAUCCCGAGCUGGCACUCAUGGGCUCAUGUGUUCUAGUGAUGUUGAUGAAGGGAGAGGAUGUGUAUCUGAUGAACGUCGGCGACAGCCGAGCAAUUUUGGCACGGAAGGCAGAGCCGGAUGCGCGGAGUUUGACGGGGAAGUUGAGGCAGGAUUUGGAAUGGACCAAUGAGGAGACAUUGGAUGUCCUUGAAGCUUAUGACAUAGGGGAUCCAAUGGAUGGAUUGCCAACUCUGGCUGCCCUGCAACUUACCUUGGAUCACAGCACUUGUGUCGAAGAGGAAGUUCGUAGAAUACGGAAUGAACACCCUGAUGAUGCUUCUGCCAUUGCGAAUGAUCGUGUGAAGGGUUCAUUGAAGGUCACACGAGCAUUUGGGGCCGGCUUUUUGAAACAGCCCAAAUGGAACAAUGCACUUCUGGAGAUGUUCAGAAUUGAUUAUGUUGGAACCUCUCCAUACAUCUCAUGCAACCCUUCCCUUUAUCACCAUAAACUGAACCCAAAGGAUAGAUUUUUGAUAUUAUCAUCCGAUGGGCUUUACCAAUAUUUCACUAAUGAAGAAGCAGUAGCUCAAGUUGAAAUGUUCAUUGCAAUGACACCGGAAGGCGAUCCUGCUCAACACCUUGUUGAGGAGGUCCUUCUCCGUGCAGCAAAGAAAGCUGGCAUGGACUUCCAUGAACUGCUGGAAAUUCCCCAAGGUGACCGUCGACGAUAUCAUGAUGAUGUUUCCAUCAUUGUCGUCUCUUUGGAAGGAAGAAUAUGGAGAUCCUGCAUGCAAAUAUAGAUACAGAUGCAAAAGAAUUGAUAGCGAUCCAUAGAAAAGUUAAGGGCUUUUCUGUUUUUCCCUGGUUGCCUUUGUACCAUAACAGAUCAGCUCUAGGGAAGUGUCAGUGCCCAUGUAUCAAGCAGUGGCAGGAAACGAAGGUACAAAGCUGCUUCAAGUCAAUUCAAACUGUUAAAAAGAAGAUGUAAUGUUCGAUCAGUGGUUCUCUCUGAAAGAUUCAUUAUUCAAUUAAUAAUUAAAUGUGUGACUCGUUAGUCCCCUUUCUCUGAAAGGGGAAGUGCGUGGAAGAUGAGUGUUCGAUGUCGACAUAUGUAGUUAAUUGGUGAGAGAUUCUUAAAUGAUCAAGUAAUUGAUGAUGCAUUUGUGUGACUGAACUCCAUCUAGCUCUGUGUGUCCAAGGAUCAUCUUCCCACUGUAAAAGCAGACCACCUUUUAUUUCCUUCUCCACUAGUAAGAAGCCACCUAUGAAUAACUGAAGCAAUAAUAUGUGAGCUCAUUAAACCAGAGACUGAAGGAGUUUAGAAUGGAUACUUUGGUAUUUUGCGCAAUUUGUGCACAUUAUGAUCAGUAUUCCUAGAAGUAAUAGUGGGGCUUGUAAGCUUCCACAAACCUACACCGUGAAUUGUAUAUCUUCCUGAGGACCAUUUCUUUUCCUUAGCUGAGGAAGUACUAAAAUCUGGGAACAUAUGCCCUUAGAUCUUGACUGCUUUCCCAUUUCUUUCUUCCUUCUUCAAAGAUCAUUUCUUAAAGAAAUCAACCAGCAAUUUUGUACCAUCAAAUUCCAGAUACGUUUUUAAGGUUAUCUAUCA